AAAGCUUUUUUGCGUGCAUCCUUGUUUUUAAUAUAAUGCAAUCUUUUGCAUCGCGAGGAAAGUGGGGAAUUUUAAUUUCCAUUUUGCUACUUAUCACACUUACUGGCACUCACUCUCAAGAAUACGACCAUGAAUUGGUUCUAGACGUUGACGAGGAUGCCAUGUAUCCGUGGGGUGUCCCCAUGAGUACUCAUGAACUCUACUUUUUCUACCACGCCAACGUCUCCAGGGGGGCUUUACCGGAUCACACCAUAUUCUAUUUGGAAACCUUUGGAGUCCUGGAUCGUUUAACAGCCACGAACGCAUCUGGAGUUUGGGCUGCUUUCCAUGAACGCCAUUCCUCUGACAAAUGCAACGUUACGACAACAACCGCCGAGGCCUCGAUAACGACUCCUACAGAGACACUCACUACUGGUGUUACUGAUGGGCCGAUGCCUGUUACAACCGAGGGUCCCUGCCUGACGAAGGAUUUUCCAUUCAUUUCAUUCAUCACCAACAACGACGAGGCCUUGUCACUGGAAUCACUUUCUAUAGUUUACUUUGCCCAGAGCUCCAAUCUUAGUGACGACCUACGCAUGAUCGUCUUCAAUGUGACAACUUCUUCAGUCUCCGAUGGGCACCAAUCCUACGUCAUUCCAGAGGUUUGUGACAGCACGGCUAAUUUAGGGUUUUGGACCGAGUGCGUCAUUGACAUGGACAAAUUUAGCCUUCCAGCAAAUGUUACAAUUACUAAGAUCGAUGUCCAGUUUCAAUCCAUUGACGUAGGUGACAUAAUUCUAGUUGAUAAACUGACCAUGAAAACCAAAGGACAUCUUCAAACCAGUCCAACGAUUAUGACAACGACGACGAGGUUAAGCACACAGUCGACAACUUCAACCACGACCCUUUCCCCAACUACUUCGUCAGGACCCCCUUCGAGCAGUAUCACAAAGACGUCUGACUUAACGGAAAGCACAAGUGAUGACCCCACAACGGAGGUCUUGGAGACUGACUCCACGACGUCUGAGAUCUCGAGUUCCGAGUCAACAACGGAGGUAACGCAACAGUCGUCUGAAUCCAGCACAUCGUCUGAAUCCAGCACAUCGUCUGAAUCCAGCACAUCGUCUGAAUCCAGCACAUUGUCUGAAUCCAGCACAUCGUCUGAAUCCAGCACAUCGUCUGAAUCCAGCACAGCGUCUGAAAAUAAUUCGCCGUCCACAAUCGAUAAUUGGUCCACAACUACUGGGACAAGUGGUUCUAUUUCAUUAUUCAAUUCGCUAAGCUAUAUUGCAGCAAUUAAGCUCUCAUUGCUAUUGAUGGUACUGGUUUGAACGUUGUGGUUCUAAAAUUUAAUAAAUAUGUUUGUAUUACAACAUAUGGACUGGGCUAACUUAUGCGUGCUAUUAAUAAUCUAAAUAAUAAAGAGAUUCUAUCUACAAAAUAAGUCAUAGAAGGGCUAUAAAACUUUCUCCAUAAACUAGGUCCGAAAAACGUUGUGGUAGUUAUAUAUUUGUGCUGUGAAUGAAAUUAAUAGGAUCACAUGUAUUUUUUACACUUGGAUCUAGUAAUGUUUUCCCUUAUAUGUAAAUAUCAAAGUUAGAUGCUAUCUGUGAUAAAUAGAUACUACGUAUGUAAAAAA